UCCUGUGUCGUGAUAAUGACAACAGUUUGGCGGAUUCACGCAAGUCUCAUCGCACUAAAUAUAGGAAUUUAACUGUUCUUUUAGAAACUGUUAUGUAGCUGUAUUAUAACAAAGUGAAAAUUAUUUUCAUUAAUAUCAAUAUAUCAGAAAGUUACAGUGAUUGAGUGAGAGUGUAAGAAAGUUCAAGCAAAAUGUUGAUGUGGAUUUUGAUAGCGAUUCUUGUCGUGCUGGCCCUCGUGUGGUCUAUGGAUAUCGAGAGUUCUUUUGGAAUGCGACAUCUGGUCGUGUUCCUACUGUUUGUGGCAACGACGGUGUCAUAUGCCACGCGUGUCAGCAUGAGCGUCGCCAUCGUCGCCAUGACAACGGACAACGACUACGGACAUCCUGUAUUUAAAUGGGAGAGAAGCGUUCAGGACACGAUCCUGUCGUCUUUCUUCUGGGGCUACAUCCUGCUGCAGAUCCCCGCGGGGAUGCUAACCGGCCGAUUCGGAGGGAAAAUCUUCAUCACCGUAGCCAUGCUCAUCACCGGACUGGUCAACUUGGUCACGCCAUUCGCCGCUACUAAAGGUGACUGGAUGGCGGUGUGUGCGUGCCGCAUCCUGAUGGGAUUGUCGCAGGGUCUACUGUACCCCAGCCUGCACGGACUGUUGGGACAGUGGGCGCCCGCGGCUGAGCGCAGCCGUAUGGGGACAUUCGUCUACGCUGGUGCUCAAUUAGGUACAAUAAUAGAGAUGAUGUUGGCGGGCGUGCUGUCUGCGGGCCCGUGGGGUUGGCCCGCCGUCUUCUACGUGGCGGGUGCGUCCUGCUUGGCGCUGGCCGCUGUCUGGAUGCUCCUCGGCGCCUCUACACCCAGCACUUGCCGGUGGAUCUCCAAGAACGAGAGGAAAUACAUCGAGACCAGCGUCGGGUCUGCCGACAUCAGUGAACAGAAGAAAAUGGCAACUCCAUGGAAGAGCAUCUGGACGUCGCUGCCAUUCUGGGCGAUCCUGCUGGCUCACAGCGGACAGAGCCUGGGCUUCUGGACCCUGCUCACAGAGAUACCCUCCUACAUGAGCAAAGUCCUCGGCGUCAAUAUUAAAAGUAACGGUCUGCUGUCUGCGCUUCCGUACGUGGCGAUGUACAUCCUCAGCUUUGUGUUCAGCUGGACCGCGGACUUCCUCAUCAACAGGAAUAUCAUCAGCCUGCCCACGGCCAGGAAGAUCUUUAAUACUAUCGCAUUUUGGGGGCCCGCAGCGGCUCUGCUGAGUCUGUCCUACAUCCCGGCAGGUCACUUGACCCUCGCGGUGGUCAUACUAACUCUUACAGUUGGUCUCAACGGCGCGCACUAUGUCGGUUUCCUGAUUUCGCACAUCGACCUGUCGCCCAACUUCGCCAGCACUCUGAUGGGUAUUACCAACGGCUGCGGGAACAUCUUCUCCAUCAUGGCACCCCUCAGCGUCUCGCUCGUCGUCAAAGAUGAAUCGAGUGCGUCAGAGUGGAGGAACGUUUUCUUAAUCUCGAUCGCUUUCUACUUCCUGAGCAAUCUGUUCUUCAUCCUGUUCAUGUCAGGCAAGGUCCAGGACUGGAAUGAACCGCAACCUGCUAAGACUUUAGAGGAUGGCGUGAAAGAAGUUGAAGAAGUCGACAGCAGUAAUAAAAGUAAAACCGUAGUUGAGAAAUUUUGAUAAAUGUAAUAUAGUGUAGAUUUAUAACUAGUCAUAAAUAGAUUUUACAUCGUAAAUUAUAUUCCAGACAAAUAAAUGUUAUUAGAGUAAUAAAACAGACGCCAUUAAACAACAUUCAAAGAGCCAUACUAGAUACGAGUUAUCAAUUAAAUAAGAAGUAAAGGAUACAGGGAAUGUUUUGUCUUUAGUUAUAAUAGUUACUUCCUUUUACUUUGCUCAAGGAUACAACUUUUGAUAAGCACACAACAUUUAAGUUGCUGUUAAAAUUGUUCAAUCAUUAUUGUACAGUUAUUUUACAAAAUUAUUUAAUAAUUUAUUAUAUUAUUAUAUAAAAUUAAUUACCCUAAUUUGUACGGAUCUCUACUUACGUAAAAACUAUAGAUUUGAGUGGAAAGUGAGCAAAUAAUUUAUUUAUUAUAAAUUCAGCAAUAAUUGUUUUAAUCUUAUAAAAUAUAUUGUGUUAUAAAUAUUGGAUGUUUAGUUCAUUCUGUUUCUAUUUCAGGUUAUU